AUGAAGCAAGGAGUAGGGGGACAUGCUAGUGAACCCAGUGCUAAUGUUUCAUCAGUGUUUGAGGGUGUGGUUAGAGGGCUUGCUUUUAUUGAUGACUCUGAAGUUGCAAGGUGGAUUGUGGCUAGGGGUGAUGUGCAACACUCAGUGGAAGCAGACCUCCUGCAAAUCAGAGAAUGGUUGGGAGUUGGAGUCAAGGGGUGGCAUAAGGUGCAGGUGGUUGUGAAGAACAAAGUGGUGGCAAAUAAGCUCAAUAAUUUAGUGACAUGGCAAGGGUCGAUACGGCCUAGACUACGGGUAUUGGAACUGGACCCGUGA